UUAUAUUCAAAACUUAGGUAUUUUUAAAACCAUACCUGGCAACCCGAGCCACAGAUAAACGAAACGGGUGGUGGCCAGUAUAAAUAAACUAUGCAGCUGCGUUUAGGAUUAAAAGAAAUGUUUGGUGAGAGAAUUACAUUAGAGGCGGCGCGCGCAUUAGUUCCUGAACGAUAUUCAAUUGCUUUUUUAAUAGCUGUGUUAAUUUUCGAAUACGUUCGCUUACGUCUGUUUUAUGUUAUUUGUAACUGGCCAGUUUCAUUUUUUUUAAGGAUACGGGUGGUUUAUGUUUUAAUUUGGGAUUGAGUAAUUAUGUAAUAGACACAAAAAGUCUUUUCCAAACUAAAGUGCGUCAAUUUAUGUUUUAUCUCUGAUAUGUUUCAUAAAAUCUUAGAAAUAAUAUGAGAGUCUAUUAUUGGCUAGGUAAACUACGAGUACCAACUUAACGAACUAAAUGAACCAGUACCAACAUAACCAAUGUUAUUAUUCAGAAUGUAAAGUCUAGAAUUCUCUCCCUCAUUAUUAUUACAAAUAUAGACUAGACAGCGCUCAAGAAUUUCUACAAGAUAAUCUAUCGUACUAUUGGAAUGUUAACAUAAUCGGCCUUACUUAUAAACGAUCACUAAAGUUAAGACACAGUUAAACUACGUAUUAAAAAAUAUUUUAACUCAUAAACGAUGAUUAACGCUAAUUAAUGUCUUAGCGACUGCUUAAAUAGCUGUCAACUUAAUCAGUGACGAACCCUUGUUUAAAGACCUUAAUUACCAAAAUGGCGUCCGAAAUUCGUAAAAGUCACAGCUGUGGUAUAUCUCAACAAUAACACCACAUGCAAACUUCGCAUUGAAUUGUGUUCUGUUUGCUGGGCUUUGUUCCGCUACUUAGGAAAGUGAAGUGGAUAAAUAUUAAAAAAUGGAUAUAUUUGACGACGAUAAUGAAUUACGCACAUACCGUGACGAGAUAGAAGAAAUAAGAAAUUUCAGGAAUAUUGGUUCAAGAAGGAGAGUAAAAAUAUAUAAUUCAAGAUCGAACCCAAUGGAGGAAUUGAGUGAAAGCGACUUCAAGCAUCGCUACAGAUUCAGUAAAGAAAAUAUGGUAAAAAUUAUAAAUAUCUUAAGAAACGACUUGUCCAUGGAUAGCCGGGGCGGCAGUAUACCUGUGGAGUUGCAAGUAAUGGCAGCUAUAAGAUACUGGGGCCGCCAUGAGAUUCAAGAAGACUGUGCGGAAAUUCAUGGCAUGAGCCAACAGACUUUAUCAAGAACUGCUAAAAGAGUUGCUAUUGCAUUGGCUUCGAAAAGUUCCAUUUAUAUUAAAAUGCCUUCAAAUUUAAGAGAAGAGACUGAAACUAUUCGGAAAUUUGAAACAAUUUGUGGGUUUCCCCAUAUUACCGGUGCAAUAGAUUGCACCCAUAUUAAAAUAAGAAAAGUUGGAGGAGAUGUUGGUCAGUACUAUAUAAACCGUAAAGGACACUAUUCUAUUAAUACUCAAAUGGUGUGUAAUGCAGAUUUGAAGAUCUGUGAUAUAGUUUGCCACUGGAGGGGUAGUACUCAUGAUGCAAGAAUAUGGCGUGAGAGUUCCAUUAAAAGGAGAUUUGAAGAACGAGAAUUUAAAGGAAAACUUAUAGGCGAUGGUGGAUACCCUUGUACCCCAUAUUUACUGACUCCAGUACUGAGACCCCGCAACGAAGCAGAACGGCGGUACAACUAUAGCCACAUUCGCACCAGGAACGUAAUUGAGAGAUGUUUUGGUGUACUUAAGGCAAGGUUUCGGAUACUUUUGGAAAUAAUGAGAGGGUCUUUCAAUACGAUUAAAACGACAAUCGUUGCAUGUGCAGUAUUGCACAAUUUAGCAAUUGAAUUUGAUGACACUUUAAGUUAUGAAACCCCUUACACAGACAGUGAUGAAGACACUGAGGCCAUUGAACAGGACUCUAAUAAUUUGACACACAUAACCAGAAACAUUUUUAUUGAGAAUUUCUUUUAAAAUACAAAUAUAUAGUUUUAUUUAAACAUU